AGUCACCAUAACAACUUUAACUUAAUUAAGCAGUUUUGGUGUAUUGAUCAUCUCCCUGCAGUCACAUGGCUCAAUAAUUUGCUUAGUUUAAUGUACACUGUUCACACCCCCAGCAUGUAACUUGCACAGCCCUCCUAAGUACUUCCUGUAAAGUAUGAGCUAAUGUUUACACUUCCUUUAUUGCGUAUUCUGUUUAAUUUAGAAUUAUUAUCGCCUGCUAGACCUUGCAGGAGCCUCCUGUGUGUGAUUAAAGUUCCAUUUACAGAGCUGGAGAUAAAAUUAAGAACAAGAAAGUGAACAUCUGAUUUGAAUAUUAAACAUUUUUUAAUGCAUGCUGUGUCAGUCACAGCUAGGGGAGGUGUGGCUAGGGUUGCAUAAACAAAAACAAAAGUGAUUUAACUCCUAAAUGGCAGAGGGUUGAGCAGUUGGAUUGCAGGGACAUGAUCUAUACCAGCGGUUCCCAAACUGUGUGCUGUGGCGCCACGUACACACAGGGCACACACUCUUAGUUGUACUGUUUUAUGGUAUCCAUGUUAGACUGCUUCCACAGAGCAAAGGUUAGCAAAAUCACUGACUUAUUUUUUCCUACCAAAGAGAGUUGCUGAUUAUUGGCAGACUUUGAAAGUAACUUUGGAAUUGAGCAAUAAUCAUUGGCAGGUCUGUAGACGAAGACUGGUGAUCAAAAAGGAAAUUAAAGGCUUUGUUGAAGCCUUUGAAGGGACUACAGCAGAAUGUCAAAUUAGAGAGUGUCUUCUUUGGCCUAAUUAUGAUGCCUUGCAAAGCAGGGCUACGGAGGGUGAACAUUGGAUAGCAUAACUGGAAGUGUUUGUGGACUGAAUUCACCAGAGAAGUUAGAACAUCAGGAGUGGAAUCAUGUCGGUCAUGAUGGUGCGGAAGAAGGUCACCCGAAAAUGGGAGAAGCUACCUGGGAAGAACACCUUCUGCUGCGAUGGCCGAGUAAUGAUGGCUAGGCAGAAAGGCAUCUUCUAUCUGACAUUAAUUCUCAUUCUCGGCACGUGUUCUCUCUUCUUUGCGUUUGAGUGUCGUUAUCUGGCUGUGCACCUCUCUCCAGCAAUCCCGUUUUUCGCUGCAGUUCUCUUCCUGUUUUCCAUGGCUACUCUGCUACGGACAAGUUUCAGUGACCCAGGAGUUAUUCCUCGUGCGUUGGCAGAUGAAGCAGCCUUCAUAGAAAUGGAAAUAGAGGCGGCCAAUGGAAAUGUGCCACAGGGUCAGCGUCCGCCACCCCGUAUAAAAAAUGUCCAAAUCAACAAUCAGAUUGUGAAGUUGAAAUAUUGCUACACAUGCAAAAUCUUCCGUCCUCCUCGGGCUUCGCACUGCAGUAUCUGCGAUAAUUGCGUGGAGCGCUUUGACCAUCAUUGUCCGUGGGUUGGAAAUUGCGUAGGAAAGAGGAAUUACCGGUACUUCUACCUCUUCAUACUGUCCUUGUCCCUACUGACCAUUUACAUCUUUGCCUUCAACAUUGUCUACGUUGCCCUGAAUACUUUGCAAGUUGGCUUUCUGAACACAAUAAAAGAGAGUCCAGGAACUGUUCUAGAAGUGUUUAUCUGUUUCUUCACACUCUGGUCCGUUGUGGGUCUUACUGGCUUCCACACGUUCUUGGUUUCCUUGAACCAAACAACAAAUGAAGAUAUAAAAGGCUCUUGGACCGGCAAAAACCGAGUUCAAAACCCAUACAGUCAUGGUAAUCUAGCGAAGAACUGCUGUGAAGUUUUAUGUGGGCCUGUGCAACCGAGCAUGCUUGAUAGAAGAGGGAUACUACAAGAACAAGCUGGACAUUCAGGACAAUCUGAACAAGAAAAUUGCACUACACAGCAGGAUCCGGUUGCUGCUGCUCCGCUGAUGUCCACCGAGUCAACUGAAAAUUCCCAACUCCCACAGGAGAAGCCACAACCCAACGCUCUUGAAAUGUCCAUUCAGAUUCCCAAAGAUGCCAGCGAAACAAAAAAUGUGGAAAAGUAGCUGCAUCAAUUUUUUUUUCAAUUAAUGAAAAAGGCAAAUCUAACAAAAGAGAAGAGCAAGAGGAAAGUGACAGAUGACCCUAUAUGCCAUUUUCUUUAGUAUUUGCUUGUGUUAAUUAUGAAGGUAAUGUUUUUGCAAGAUGGAGAACCCUCUUUAUCAGCUUGGAAAAAAGUGCUUAUUUAAACAGACUUGAGGUGCUAGUUGAAUAUGCCAAUGACAUACCUGAAAUCAUUUAAUUGAAGAAAGAAAUUAACGUGACUAAAAGUUGCAAUUUCGCCUCAUUGGAGCUGGUUCUUCAAGCUGCACCUGAUCCUUCCUCUCAAAGGAAUAAGAGAAAGUAGACACUGUGUAUCGGAGCAAGCAGGCAGAGCUUGUGCGUUUGUUUCACCGGAGGACAAUAUAGGUCUUACGGCUAGCGAGCUGCUUGAUCUAUAGUGGUAACAUUGUGUCAUAUAAUUGUCACCUUAAUUGAAAAUAUGCAUUGCUUUUUUGCUAGCCAAGCCUAUUUCCAAGAGAUUGGUUGGACAAAAACCCUGGUUCUCAAAGCUUUGCUAAAUUCAGAGAAAGGUGUUGAAAAGGAAUAUAAUGUGAAAAUGUUCCAAAACAGCUAAACCAGAAAAUUUGGCUUUCCUACGUUAUAUACAAAAGAAGCACCAACCCUCCUCUUUUCUUUACUUAUGUUCAAUAUGAGGGGAAGGUUCCAAAAAUGUUUGUCAUGUGGUGUACUCUCAUUUCCAUGUUCCCUUGUUUUAUAAGGUUUGUCCUCAAUAUUUAGAGUUAGUGGUCUUGCAGAAGUGACAUAUCUAUAGGUAGAAAUAGGCUAUGUAGAGGCCAGUAUGUGUCCCAAUAUUUUUUAUCUCCUAUUGAUGCGUCUAAGAGGCUUUUUUGGACCUCUUCUGAAUUGCAGAAACAAUCUUGCUGCUGAUGAUCUGUUGUAUUAUAAUGCUCCAAAGUGUUAAAAUGAGUUUAAAAUUUAAAAUAAUUUAUUAAUUGUUCAUACAGUGGUUUUUAUAUGUUAUUUAAUAUUUGUUUUAUUUUAGAUAAACAUCAAUUUUAUUUAGAUUUACAUACACCAAGGGCAUAGCUAAAUUUGUGCUGAUUGUACAACAAUUUAGCCAUGAUUUAGAAAAAUAAUUGUUGAUUAACAAAACUAUAACGUAUAUAAUGCGUACAUAAUUCUGGGUUAGAGAUACAUCUUUCUUGUAGUGCUAAUCAUAAAAGAUGGUCUUCCAGAAGCGAAAUAACCAGUGCAAUUUUUUAUAAUAAAUUAUAAUUUGGGGAAAAAAACUUUUUUUCUUACUUUAGAUCUUAUUAUAGAUGUGGUUCACUGGACUGAACCUACAUAGGUUUUUUUUUUUUUUUUUUGUUUGUUUUUUGAUUUUUUGGGGGGGCAGAUUUUGGCCUUUCAGAAUUCUCCCUGGAUAGUGGACCCUACUCAACCUUUAGAUAUAGAGCUCUAUUCUAUAUCAUUAAAGAGUGACCAUUGUGGCAUUAUAAUGCUGAAGCGUAGGUUUGGUUUUCGAUGUUAUGCAAGAGGUAGUAUAGUGUUCCAAAGACCUGGAUUAAAAUCCUGAGAUGCAGAAGACCUGAUUUUAUUGCAACAUGCCAAAUGGUUGAUAUUCUUAAACUAUUUAUGCAAAACCCAUUUGGCUAGUACAUGAACAUGGAAGUCAUUCAUCAAAAAGGCUAACUGAGAUGCUUUUAUAUGAAUGUGUUGAAGCCUCCAUUGCCACGAUGAUGGAAUAUCCCUUACUCUGCACAGUAGUGAGAUUAAUUUUGUUGACACAUCUAGUUCACUUAUAGAGUGAUGACAAAAAUCUAGGUGGUGGAACCUUCGUUGACUCCGUAAAGAGAAUCCUUAUAUAUAUUUUUUUUGUUGCUUGGCAAAGAAAAGAUAAAAUAUAGCACAGUGCUGUCUGGCAUAUUUAAUGUCUAACUGCCACCGACACCAGGCUACAUGGAUUUCCAUAGUUUAACUAAAAUCACCGUACACCUUUUGCUCUCCCAGUAAUGAGAAAUUACCGUUCAAAGGUGUGUCUUGUGUGAUACAUUGAGUAUAUCUUAAGCAUAUUAUUUGGGUCAAUAGACAUUAAUAAAUACUGUUGAUGAACUAUCAGUAUUUUUUAUAUUCUUCCUGUUGAUGUGGCAUCAUCUAUUUGCUUGCUAUAUUCAGAAAAAAAAUAAAUGCAGACAAGCAUAUUUUCACAUAUCUGUGGCAAAAAGGAAAAAAGAGUGUAAUAUAUCUAUCAUAUAGAGGGGUCAAGUUAAACAAGGGACUGCUUUGUUCUGCAAGAUUUCGAUUCCUGUUUAAACAUCUUGACAGGGUGCUUUUUUUGUUCUUUGUCUCAGGUAUUUAUUUCCAUGAGUUGAUGUGGAGUAUUUUUGGAGCACUCUUUAUAAUUCAGGUUUUUUCCCCCACAUCCAAGGGGUCUGACAUGACAGUAUGUCAUGAGCUGCAUCAUGUGCUUCCCAGAUUAUACACCCCUGUCUAUUAAACUCAUGAACUGAAUGGAUAAGGGCUUUGUAAGACUAUCAAUCCUGUGCAUUAGCAUAUCCAUCUGUAGCAAGUAGCAAGCAUCACUAUUUGGCAUGAUUCUCGUUUGAUUUUAAAUCAAAAUAUCGUUGCAGCAAAAGCCAUUUCACGGGGUGAAAAGCAAUUCGAGCCAUAAAUGAGGUUGUAUCUAAGUUGUACUCGGUGUGAAGUCAAGCUUGUCUUUGUCGUUUUCUUGGGUGCUUUAGAAUACAAUGGUUUGUUUUGUCCCAUCUUUGUUUCACUAACAAAUACAUACGUGCAAUCAGAAUAAAAUUAUUACAGGACGUUUGUUCUUAUUUUACAUUUCUGUCUGUAUCUCCCAGAUUGUCUUCAAUAAGCUGCACCAUAAACAGUGGGUACUUUAAUUGUGUUCUUUAUCUCCGAAGCUUUGUGAAAGAAUAUUGAGAAUCGUAAUUUUGAAGAAGCACUUAAAGCAGGCAGUAAUGGGUGUUCUUUUACACUUUUUUUUCCAAUAAACAAGCGUGUUAAUU